CAUGGCGGCGCGGCGCGGGGCGCUGAUCGCCCUGGAGGGCGUGGACCGGGCCGGCAAGAGCACGCAGGGCCGCCGGCUGGUGGAGGCACUGCGGGAGGCCGGGCACCGCGCCGACCUCCUCCGCUUCCCGGGUACGGACAGAACCACAGAGAUUGGGCAGCUGAUCAGCUCCUACCUGGGGAGGGAGAAGAACCUGGAGGACCACACCAUUCACCUGCUCUUCUCUGCCAACCGCUGGGAACACGUACCGAUGAUAAAGGAGAAACUCCAUCAAGGGAUCACGGUUGUGGUUGACAGAUACGCCUUCUCUGGAGUGGCCUUCACAAGUGCCAAAGGGAACUUCUGCCUGGACUGGUGCAAACAGCCUGAUGUUGGACUCCCAAAGCCAGACCUGAUCCUGUUCCUUCAGUUAAGCCCAGAAGCAGCAGCAGAACGAGGGAACUUUGGACAUGAACGUUAUGAGACCAGCUCCUUCCAAGAGAAAGUUCUUCAGUCUUUCUUCUGCCUAAUGGAGGACAAGACCCUAAACUGGAAGACAGUGGAUGCUUCAAAGAGCAUUGAAGACUUGCACAGAGAAAUCAAGUCCAUUGCAGAGAAAACUAUGCAGGAAGUUCAGAAUAAACCUUUGGAAGAACUCUGGAAAUGAAACUUCAUACGGGUUUAAAAGAAUAAGAGAAAAGUCAAGAAUAAGGGAAAGGUCACUUCUUGGAUCUUCUGUAUUUGGAUGAGUAUGACAUCCCAGCAGCUACAGUUUAGAUCCUAUUUAUUCUUUUGGGUCCAGCAUGCUGCUGAUGUUUUUUUUAUUAUCUGCUCCUUCCCUUCCAUCCUGCAUAGUUGCUUCUGCAACUGUUUUUAAAAUAAGUAUGCCAUAAGUGUGUAUCAAAUUCCUUGUCAAAACCUCCCUCUCCCAAACAAGAGCUCCUGUUCCAGCUGCAGUCUUGGAGUGCAGAUGUGGGUGUGGAGCUCAGGGCCAGCCCUGGACACAGACAGUUCUUGCACAGUUCUUUCAGGGAAUUGCCAUGUUUCUGAUCAUUCUUCCUCUAUAGUAAAUGCAUCCCCCGAUGCUCAAAUCAGUUUGUAGAGGACUUGCUAAAUAAACUAUUCUUC